AUGGGCGGCUGCGUGGGGCGGCAGCGCCGGGAGCGGCCCGCCGCCGGCGGCAACACCCGCAAGCGAGCAGGCCGCAAUGAGCCCCUGAAGAAGGAGUGUCCCAAGUGGAAGAGUGACUACCCCAUGACAGACGGGCAGCUGCGCAGCAAGCGGGACGAGUUUUGGGACACGGCACCCGCCUUUGAAGGCCGCAAGGAAAUCUGGGAUGCUCUGAAGGCAGCUGCCUAUGCUGUAGAAGCCAAUGACCACAGCCUGGCCCAGGCCAUCCUUGAUGGAGCCAGCAUUACUCUGCCCCAUGGGUCCCUGACGGAGUGUUAUGAUGAGCUGGGCAACCGGUACCAGCUGCCAGUCUACUGCCUUGCACCCCCCGUCAACCUGAUCCUGGAGCGGAGCGAGGAGGAGGCGGUGGAACCGGCUGAACCUCUGCCCAAUGCCCGGCGGGAGUUCACCCUCAAGGUGCGCCUCUCCACCGGCAAGGACCUGCGGCUCAGCGCCAGUAUGAGUGACACCAUCGGGCAGCUGAAAAAGCAGCUGCAGGCGCAGGAGGGCAUUGACCUGGCCUGGCAGCGGUGGUUCUUCUCAGGCAAGCUGCUCACUGAUCGCACACGACUACAGGAGACCAAGAUCCAGAAGGAUUUUGUUGUGCAAGUGAUUGUCAACCAGCCCCUUCCACCCAGGAACUGAGCUACCCCCUACUGGUUGAGGGGAGAGGGCAGGGGGCUGGGAAACAGUGGAGCCUCUGGGGAUUCCCUGUGCUGUGUUCUGGCCCAUCUGGAGCUGCUCCUGCUCCCCCUGAGGCUGCCCUCCACACAGGUGACCCCUCAGAAGGUCUGCAUGGGGCUGUGCCACCACGGUGGCUCCCCUUGGUUGGGGACACGGGCAGGCGCCGUGUUUGCUGAAGGAGGUUCGAGACCAAAUGUCUCUGGGGCUGGGGCUCCUCUGCCAGGCUGUGCCGGCAGGGAGAGGCUGUGACCCACUGGGCUCUGGAUUCCCCCUGGCCAGGAGACCCGUGGGGUGCUGGGCUGGGUGGAGAUGUCUCCCCUCUGUACAUAGUCUGUAUUUAUCAAUAAAGCCUUUUCAUCCUUCCUCUGGCCUUGGGACAGGCUGGAGGGGGCUGUAACUCAUAAGCCUCGGGAGGUCCCUGUGCCUGUCCUGUAUAAGCUCCCAUGUCAGAAUGGGCACAGGGAGGUCAAGGGGUAGCCUGGAUGUCCCAGCUCUGCUCCCUAGUGCCACCCUGUCCUGCCAGCCUGCCAGGACCCUUCCCCAGCAUUGUCCCGUUGUCAUUCCAGCUGCUUCUCCGCCACCUCCAUUUCCUGGUGCUUCCCCUCUGGAGGUUUAAGCUUGUGUCUGCCCUUGAGCUAGGUGGGACAGUCCAUGGAGGGGACCAGUCCCAAGAUGACCUUCAUGGCCGCCAUGGCCUGCCCUGGUGAAAAUAGUGUCUCUCUGCUGUGGGAGGCUGUCACACCCAUGGGGCAGGGCACCCAAGGAUGGCCC